AGGGAAAUAAUUCAACGAUCUUUUUCUUUCCUGAUAUUAAAGUAGAUGUCAUUUCUUUGCUUAAGCUGAUAAUGAUUUGUUUCUGUUAUAUACUGGCUUACCAUUUACUGAAAACUAGCUCUGUGCUAGCUUUACAUCCAUAGACAUGAUGAGGCGAUGCAGGCUCAGAGAGCUCAACCACCCGUCCCAAGAGCACACAGCCAGUGAGGGUGCAUUUCUAGGAAACCUAGAAUUGGAACUCGGCCCCAAACACCUUUCUCUUUCAACAGUCCACAAGGUGCUCGAUUAUCUUGCUACUUUUUUGGCUAUGUCAACAUUUUUCUUAAAAAAUUCACCCUUGUUCUUCAAAGAAUGUAUUGUUUAGCGUUUUUCCGGGUUCAGUAAAUGUAAACAAGCCUGAGGCAAUGCUGAAUGAAAUGCUGAGUGUUUAUUUUUGAUCCACAUCUAUAUUUUUGAAGAGCCCUCUACAAGAGCCCAAAAGAGCCUUCAAAAUGAGUCUAGACUCACACAACCUAACUACUCAGCCAGCCACCUGCUCCAGAAUCGGGGGCGGGCGGCGGGUCUGUACUUUCGCUGCGGCUGUUAUCUGAAGAAUACGGCUUCCAGCCUUCCAGCUUUCCCAGGUGCGCGGCCCAAGAGAGAACUUGCGCCGCUCGCGCGCAGGCGCGAGGUGGCGGCGUCGCUCUGCAGCUCUGCUUUGCCGCUUGACGUUCCGGUGUUCCCGAGUGGUUGUCUUUUGGGUUCUCCCUCUCGGCCCGCACUCAGGGUCGCCGGUUCUCCUCCUCCUCCAGGCCCUCCCCAGCCCCUGCCCAGGCCCAGCCCGGCGUUGCCCCUAACCUCUGACCCCGCGCUGCACAAUGCCCGAGCAAAGUCCCCGGGGGUGUGAACCCCGGCGUUCCUGCCUCUGGGCGGGGACGGGCGGCGUUCGUGCGGGGAGUCGAGGAGGCAAACGCGCAGCCGGCCCAGUCCGCCGGUUCCGGCCCCGCGAGUACUUCGCGAGCGACCAGCGCAAGCCCCUGCGCCCCUGCCGCCAGGCCCUGCCGCUGCUCCCCUCCCAGGCCGCCGCCGCCGCCGCAGCAGCCAUGGCGGAAGUUCAUAGACGUCAGCAUGCCCGGGUUAAAGGAGAAGCCCCCGCGAAAUCCUCCACACACAGACAUGAGGAGGAGCUGGGGAUGGCGUCGGCCGAAACGCUGACCGUGUUCCUAAAGCUGCUGGCUGCUGGCUUUUACGGCGUGAGCUCCUUCCUCAUCGUGGUGGUCAACAAGAGCGUGCUCACCAAUUACAGAUUUCCCUCUUCGCUAUGUGUUGGACUUGGCCAGAUGGUGGCUACAGUAGCAGUUCUCUGGGUGGGAAAGGCGCUCAGAGUAGUCAAGUUUCCUGACCUUGACAGCAAUGUACCUCGGAAGACGUUUCCACUACCUCUACUAUAUUUUGGGAACCAAAUCACGGGACUGUUCAGCACAAAGAAACUGAACUUGCCAAUGUUUACAGUUCUGAGAAGGUUCUCCAUCCUGUUUACAAUGUUCGCUGAAGGAAUUUUACUCAAGAAGACUUUUUCUUGGGGUAUUAAGAUGACUGUAUUUGCAAUGAUUAUUGGAGCCUUUGUAGCUGCCAGCUCUGACUUGGCAUUUGAUCUGGAAGGAUAUGUUUUUAUUCUGAUAAAUGAUGUCCUGACAGCAGCAAAUGGCGCAUAUGUAAAACAAAAAUUAGAUUCGAAGGAGCUGGGAAAAUAUGGCCUGCUCUAUUACAAUGCACUGUUCAUGAUUCUACCCACCCUGGCCAUUGCGUAUUUUACAGGAGAUGCACAAAAGGCAGUGGAUUUUGAAGGUUGGGCUGACACCCUCUUUCUUCUGCAGUUCACUCUCUCUUGUGUGAUGGGGUUUAUCUUGAUGUAUGCCACAGUACUCUGCACUCAGUAUAAUUCUGCUCUUACAACUACAAUAGUUGGGUGUAUUAAGAAUAUAUUAAUAACUUAUAUUGGAAUGGUCUUUGGUGGAGAUUAUAUUUUCACAUGGACAAACUUCAUUGGCUUAAAUAUCAGCAUUGCUGGGAGCCUGGUGUAUUCCUACAUCACUUUCUCUGAAGAGCAGCUGAGCAAACAGUCGGAGGCCAGUAGUAAACUGGACAUUAAGGGGAAAGGAGCAGUAUGACCAGAGGAUUGCUUUGACGACGUAGGCCCAAGGUUUUGAUCAACUCUGAACACUGGCGAUUCUUAUACAGAUACUGAGGUGUCCUGAUUAUGGAGAAAAUACCAUUCCUUUGCACUUACACAAUCUGAUGAUUGAUUGCUGCCUUUUAAAAUUUUAUGAAACUUAUAAUUGACUCUUAAAUAUGCCAUUUGAAUUAAUUUAUAUGAGACUGGAAAAUGCACCGGGCUUUUUAAUUUAUUUUUCUUCUGUGCCAACAGUUGAAACAUCAGUGUUUUGAAAAUAUUUUAUUCCAUAGUUUGAUUUCCAGGUGACCCUGAGAGCUGCAUAUAUAAAGUCCUCCAACUGGAGCCCCUUCGUUCAAGUCGUUGCUGCGUCUUGAGGCAGUUUUAGCCUGCCUUCUACUGGAAAUGCAGCCGAGUGUCUGAAAUUUCUCUUCUUUGAAUUAUAUUUCUUAAUGAUUGCAUUUUUUUCAUAAAGAUAUAUUACUGCAUUUGCCAAAGAUGACAGCUUUGGCACUAAAAAAAUAUGUGGGGCUUUGAAGUGUAUUGCUUUCCAUGUUGGCUUUCUUGAAGAUUCAUCGGAUGAGCAGAGCGCAGUCCUUGAAAAUAUGCUGUUCCCUCUUUCUUAUGUAGGAUGGGGAUAAUGAAGGGAUGGAGGAAGUAGGCAUUUUACUCAUUUUUUCAUCUAUCUGAUUUAUUCAUUCAACUAAAAUGUAUUGAGUAUGUAAUAUGUGCCAGGCAUUGCACUAAGUGCUGGUGAGGCAGAGAUGUUUAGGGAAGUAAUUGAAUGAUCUUACUUCUUCUAUAGUGCCAAAGGGUGUGACAGAGAAUUUAGCUCUGUUGAUACAUUCAGAGGACGUUGUGAGUAUGAACAAGUCACAGAACUUAAUUUUUAGUUCUCAGAAACUGCAAAUCUAUAUAUAGGGUUAGGAGCACCUGCCCUACCCAUCCCACAACAGUAUGAAACCGCAUGCUAAAAUGUGAGAUCAGGUGCUGCAUAUUGAAGAGCUACAUUUUGUAAACCAGGCAGCUCAGUCCUUCUCUUGUGAAAAUGGCAGGUAGGCAAGGUGACUAACUAGCUAUUUCUCUAUUCUUCUCUUCUGGGUUUAGUUCCUACUCUUUUUACUUUUCUUUGAAUCAAUAUGAGUAGCUCUUAACAUUUCUGAAUACACCGCUUUGAGGGGAAAGCUUGGUUAGAUAUUUCUCUGUAUUGUCAAGGCUUAGUCUUUCUCUGGCAGUGUCAGUGUGAGAGCCAUCACCUUCCUUUCUCCUUAAAUGGCAUGAGCGUACCUCUCACCUACAUCCCAUGUCCCCUGGAUCACUUAAUGAGCAUACCAGCUUCUCUCAAGACCAGUGCUGCAUCCUGGCAGAGCAGCUGUGAAUGGGCAUUGUCUGAAUUGCCCUUUGAGUGGGGCGAAGUAUUAACUCAAAGUCCUGUGACCUGGCUCAGAGACAUCCAUUGACUUUGGGGAUGAGUAUUUGCUCAGGCCAGUUGUGCAGUGAGCUUACAAGAGGCUGGGUACCUUUGCCCUGGUGCACACACUACCUUCAGUUUCAUUGGGUUUAGAAUCCACCAGGCUCCAUUGACCUAAACAGUUAGUAUUUUGGUGCCUCAACAGGCGACCUGGUAGGUUUUGAUUUUAUUUUUGAAGAAUUAUAUUGAAGUCAUUUUCAUAUUUAUGUUUUUCCUUUAUUUUGGUUUGUCUUUAAUAAAGCCUUACCAGUGGUGCCGGGUCUCUAAAAUUAGCCUCAUGGCCAACUUCUAAGUUAUAAGCUCCAUGUAAGAGGUCCUAAGGCUCACUUUUUUCCAGUAUCAUUUAAUCUGAGAAAAAAAACAGUGGGAGAAUAGGACAUUACUUUGUGUAAAAUAGCUCUUAUUAUUCCUGUUUUAUCAGAGAAAACAAGAUUCAAAGGAAGUAGGAGAUUUGCUAAUAAGUGAAAAUUUAUGUUUUUUCCAUUGAACCAUGCUGCCAUCCUCUGAGGGUGUGAGGAAACAGGGAUGCUAGCUGAGUUAGCUGGAACUCUUUCAAGGAGGCAAAUGGUUGAUUGAAUUUGGAGUCAGAGGAAUAGGCUUUGCAAAUCAGGGGGAGUAAUGGGUCACUCUAUAUACCAGAGUUUUUAUCUAACUUCCAGGCUGGCCUCAGUUGAUAUGCACUUCUGACUGUGACUGUUGUCUGCCACUGCCUACUUUUACCUGGAUACAGUGGAAAAGCAUUGUGAGAGCUAAUUUUAGCAGUUUUGUUCCUUCUGUUAGCUACACGAAGGAAGGAACUCUAUCAUGAGAAAUAAUUUGCAUUGUAGAAUUUCUUGUCAUGAAAGGCCUUUGGAUGUGUUUAGAGGUAUUGAGCUAGAACUUUACCAGGUGUUGAACUGCAUCUUGGAGGUCAGGUUCCCCUGAAGAUCUGUCAUCUCUCCAGGUUUAUUUGAGAAAAUUACGUGUAGUUAUUGUUUCAUUACAUGCACAUGACCUCAGGGCCCCUAGCCUGUGCUGAGCUUUCUGACUGACCAGAAACAAAAGAACAACUUAGAGCCUCUGCUCUGUCCAUGUACUGAUUCCUAGAUGCCCCCUUCAACUGCCACCAACAUUUAAAGGUAAGAGAAAGCAGCCUGGGGAAGUUGGAGAUUGAAUAAACUGGCAGUCACUUUUGGAAUUUGUUUCAAUUAUGUGCAGGCUUGGUUAUGGUACACUAGAGAUUUACCUGGUACUCUAACAUCGCCCAGAAUGUCUGGAUUUUUACCCCAAGGUUGAUAUCUUAAGGUAAAAAAAAUUCUUUAACCUAUUACUUACCUCCUAGGGAGAAAAAAAAAGGCAGUAUAGAAUUAAACCCUUAAUUUAUCCUAUGAAACAGAUGAGCUAUAAUGAGAAUUCUGAAAGCCAAUUUUUGUGACUAUUGGCUCUUCUUUUUGAGUUAAUGACAAUGAAGUCCUCUUUGGCCAGUCUGCUUUUAGUCAGUGCCAGACUGAUUCGAAUAACUCAGAUUGUCCAGGCUUUACAUCGUUGACAUGUCAAGUGAUUUUUAAUUACCUUAUAUGGCUGUUGACUUUAUGAGUUAGUCAUUUGUAGAAUCCAACUUGCACUUGGGGUAAAAAAAAAGUGCUUUUACAAGUUUUCCAUAGUCUUAUUGUAUCAAGAAUCCACGAGAAGUUCGGGUCAGUAAAGUUGAUAUAAGAUCUUCAUGGAAAGAAUGGUAGAGUUUCACAUUUGACUAGUUUGGAAUAGUAGCUAGAAUUUUGGACCUAUCUUUGCUCUUGUUAUAAUGGCGUCAUUCAAUGAGCAAAGAUUUACUGAGCAUCUAUAAAAUUAUACUUAGAGACUGGAAUUGUUUUGCCAGUAUUCUAUUUAAUACAUGCACUGCGGAAUUAUAAUAAUUUCAUAAGCCAAUAGUAUACAGGAUGAUGUCUCUUCAUAAGCCAAUAGCAAAAUAACAUACUCCAGAGCAAUGAUAGAUUAAUUACACUAUUUUUCCAUGCAAGGAAAACCGAAAAAAAAAAAGUCAUUUAGUUGAGGUGUACCUUUUCUACCAGGUUGGCUCUCGGGAAAGACAACUUAACCAACAGAGAGCUGACUUCCAGCUGCCAGCACAAAAAAAGACAACAAAACAAACAAAAAUCCCUUGUUGCUAGAGCAUACUGCUAGGGAACCAGGUCCUGGUGUUGGUGGGCAAGACAUUCUCGUCUGAGGGGUGCUGCAGGCCUUCAUCUCUGCUGGUAAAAGAGCUGCUGUUACCAUGGCAGGAGCUAAUGCCCCAGAGGUCUUCAGAGAACUGUUUAGAUCAACAACGGGUUGCCUCGCCCAGACAAACACUCUCCAAUAGACCUCAUAAACUCUCCUCACAAUCACUUAGACUGCCAUAGUUGCUCCUUCAGAUGUUCUUUUUAUCAGUAAACCCCCAGGGGUACCCCUCAGCAGAUGAGCUGCUGAGUGCUCAUCAAGGACUACAGAUAAGAUGAUGAUGUCAUGACAUAUCUUACAUCACUUUUAUAUCAAAGUAACUUUACUCUUACAACCUCAUUUUUUGUCAUAAACAAGUGGAUUUGAAACUCUAUCAAACCAAUACACAGCACGAAGCUCUGAGGAAGCUGGGAUGCAUAAGACAUGAUUCUUGCUGUAAGUAACACAUAAUUAGCCAGAUCCUGAGAGGAAGAAGCAGAUGAAAGGAAUCAGUGAUUUGUGAGUUGCCUGCAGUUAUCAGUAUCACUGAUUAGGGGCACCCCACCCAAUGAGCUGAAGCAUUUUUUAGAUAACCUAAGAGGACUUUUAUAACUCAUACUAGUCUUUUAGCUGUGAGAUGUGCCAGACUGCUAGAAUUCCGUGAAUACCCUGAGUCGCUCCUCCCUCUACUGCACAAAUUCUUGCUUCCCCAUACCUUUGUAUAAUUGGUUCUUCCUUAUCAAUAAAGGUGUAAUUGAUUUUUCAUCAUCGAGGAAAAACUAAUCAGAAUAAAUGAGACAGUGGACAUGAAACUACUUAGCACAAUGCCUGGUACAUAUUAGGCACUUGGCAGAUUUUGUUAUUCUCAUUAUUUUAUGAUGAGACUGUAGGCAAAACAAGAUUCUUAAUUUGUGCUCCUUAAAUGCUAGAGGCCUGGGCAAUGUACGUGUUUCUUGAAAAAUGUGACCUUGUAUUUUGCUUCCAGAAUGCUUAAAUAACGGUUUCUAUUCAUGGUUUUUUGUUUUUUGUUUUUUUUAAUACAUACUGGAUAUAAUUGUGGCCAUUGUGUGAUGCAGGUGCUUCCAUCAGUCUUUAAAAAGAAAUUACUGUCACAUUUUUUUUUAAUGCCUGCAGCACCUGGUAUUCAUUCCUAGGUGGUCUCCCAUCCAAGUACUAACCAGGCCUGACCCUGCUUAGCUUCAAAGAUCAGAUGAGAUCAGACACAUUCAGGGUGGUGUGGCCGUAGUACUGUCACAUUUUGAUAGUAAAUUUCAAAAAAAAAAAAAAUUACUUUACCUUAGAGGAAGAUAAUUACACUUCAGAAUGGCGAUUCAGUUAAAACUCUUCCAGUUUGCCAUCUUAAUGUAGCUCCUGUACAGGCCGUUUAUUCCUUCUUCCCUUCUCUGAAUGUUAAAUGCAUUGACGACAUGCUAUUCAUCCCAGUUAGUGUUUGUGAACCUCUGGCACCAUCGCUGUUUUCUAAACCUGUCUUCUAGUUCUUGGCAUUCGGAUGCCACUUCAUUGUGGUAUGAGGAGACAGUCUAAGGUGGGUCUUUUUUUAAACUUUCUUUUUUGAAAAUACUUUUUAAACUAAAUCUACUGGUUAGAUUUAUUGACUCACAAAAAUGUUUUUAGAGAUUAUUUUGUUCAUAAAUGUUUUUUGUCAUGCUGAUGAUCAACUGAUUUGUGUCUUCAAAUGUUGACCUAUCACAGUAUUUUUUCAAUAUAGAUUCUAUUUACCAAGUGACCAUUUUAGUGUUUUUAAGAGGUACUGAGGAUGGAGAUAUGUAAAUCAGGUGACAUAAACAUGAAAAUUAUGUGCCUAAAUAUUUUUGUAAAGGUGUCAAAUAAAUACUUUUUCCUGAA